GAUCAGAGAACGCGGUUGCAAGGCCCUUUGCUCGAAUACCUCUGUGUUGGAGCAUGAUGUGGAGUACAAGAACUUGGCUUUGGGGACUUGUACGCAAGCGUACACCGGCUGCUGUGGCGGAUGGGAGUACGAUAUCGCAGACGAUCAAGGACAACUCGUUUUUCACGCAGUCUAUGAAAAACCGGGAUGCUGCGAAGGAGAACGUCGCUUCAGUUUCUUCGCACCAAGGACCAGACAGGAAGUUGCUACGGUAGGAUAUGAUUCUUUUAUACGUUCCUCUAGGAUUGUGGAGAUCGUUGUGAUGUGGAGAUAGUUGUAGUUAUGAUUGAAAUGAUAAUACACAACAAGGUGAAGGUGAUGAUGUAGUUAUGAAAUAAUAAUACACAACAAGGUCGUGAUGAUGUAGUUUUUAUAGAACAAAUAGAACUCCAAAUUCAAUCGCACUCUCAAUCUCAAUGAAACUCAGGAUCAAUCAAACAGGUCACUCUCUACCCACCUGGAUGCUGUGAUUUCGGUUCUGUUGAUUUGGCCUUCAACGCUGUCAUGCACCCGCUUCUGAAGGCUUAUUUGACUACGUUCGCUAUGCGUAUGAACUGGUUCAUCGUCAUGCGCCGUCGAAAUAACGAGCAGAACACGGGUCUUCUUGUCGGGGUCGGCGUCGGUGCAGCGCUCAAAGCAGGCGAUGAGAGUGCUGACGAAGAAGACGAAGUAGAGGUUUAAGACUAAGACCGAGACUAAGCCUUAGUAAGGAUGUAUUUAAUGGAGAAUAAUUGGUUGAACAACUUGAGACGUAGAAGAAAUGAAGGUUUAUGAUAUGAUAAGAUUGUGAGUCUUGUUCACCUUCUUAUUCAUGAUAGACGGAUCGCUUACAGAUAAGUAUCUACUUGAAGAUGUAUGAGAUGAUAUUUGAUGGGUCGGAGUGCGCUGUACUGGUAGUUCAAAAAAGAAGAAAACAGAGGCUUGCUAAACUUUUUCAGAAGAAACCCGUACAGUUUUGGAACUUUUGGUAAUUACCUAUUUUUUAUUUGUCCUAGCGUGGGGACUUACAAUAGACAUCUUGUGGUGGUGAAGUAGCUAGGUAGCUGGUGACCACUGUGGAAGGAGUUGCUAGGUUUGAAAGGGCGGUGGCAUAUAGUCCUAACGCAAAAAAAAAAGGUAGCUGCUAAUGAAGAGCGCUAUCAGGGAUACACACAGGACAUGCUAACGAAAGAAAUGGAAGUAUGAUGAUGUUAUGAAAGUAAGUCACCAAUUGUAGUAAUAUUCUCUCGCGUUAGAUAGCUGGACGAACGACUGCGACUCAAGACGCUUGCAGGUAGUGGGAGCGUUGGAUGGAGAUUGGGCAAGUGCUCUCUCUCUUAUAAUUGGGCAAGUAUUUUUAUGGUGAUGAAACUGAAAAUUAUCUCUUCAAAUGGUCGAUGAGACCUAGUAGCAGUGCAAGAACUGCGAACGUUCAUCAUACAUAAGACGAUUCAUCAAUGUUGUCCCAGUUUUCUGUGGUAGAUGGCAC